GUUUCACUUCAGUCGACGCUCGGCCUUCAAACGAGUUGGUCGUACUUCUUCCAGGAAGCUCUGUGACUGUGUGUAUAAAAAAAAGACUGAAUAAAAUGAACUUUUAUUAAUUAAAUAGUCUAAUUUUUAAGUGUUGUGAUGGACCUCUGUGCCAAAAUGUGGGGGGAGAGUAGCAAAAACUGUGAGAUGAACUGCCAAUGCUCUGGACUCAUAACAGAGAGCUUCAAGAUCAACUCCGGCAACAGCGCCACAAAGAGGAAGCAAGAGGAGGCACUGUCCAACAACUACAGAGUCCGGACACACCCGCACACCCUGGAUUUCAACAGACAGUCUCCGGUCAGCUCUCCCAUCUGCACUCCGUCCAAGAGGAGAGUGCUGGGGGAGAUACAGAACUCUCCAUUAUUCAGGCCAAAAGACUCGCCGACAAUAGAAAGGCUAAAGAACACACCAAUAAACAAACAAAAAUCACCUCUAAUAGACACUUUAUCACCUCUAACAAGUAGAUCAGACCAUAAAAGGAAUAAAAUAUCAAAAAUAUCAAGAAUAUUUGAAGAACGAUCAAGAUACAAAAUGGCCAACAAAGAAAACAAUUCAAACUUAUCAGAAACAUUCAUAAACUUUGAAAAUAAAGAAAACCAGUCAAUGACAAUGUUCAACAGGCUGGCCAGUAAAGACAACCAAUCAUUACCUCGAUCAGAUUUGUACUAUAAAAGAGACGAAUCAUUAAAGCUAUCAGGCAUGUUCAAUAAAUUUGCCAGCACAAAUAACGUCAGCAAAUCAUUAAACAUGUCAGAGACUUUCGUUAAGUUGGACGUUGAAGAAGAGACUCGGGAUUGUAUGUUCGGUGCUCCGUUCCCUUCCAGCUCAAGAAAGAGCAACUGGUGCGCGGCUAAGCUGGAUUUCACAGACACAAUCCAAUCAAAACCAUUCGAAAUGGAAAACGAAACAAAAAAUAUCGACAUGUAUGUGCCAGAAAAGGAGGAGAGCAUAGACCCAGAUUUUGAAACACUACACGACUUGGAAGAAGAGUUUGACUGUAACAAUUUUGACGAGUGUUCAAAAUACGAAAUAAUUUCAACUGACAGUCCCAAUAUAAUAUCCAGUGGACGAUCUACUUCAAGGAAAGUGCACUCUAGGAACUUUGACUUUGGAGCACCCUUGCUUGAUAGUGAAAACUCGACAUGCUUCAACAAACCUAACGCCAAUGCUACACGAAUGUUGAAUUUCGAGGACGAGGCAUUUGAGUUUACCUCACCAGCCGUUAAAACGAACAGUGCAUCUGUGAAGAAAUCAUUAAAAUCAUCAGUAAAACACAAUGUCUCUGUAAAGAAAUCUUUAAAAUUCUCAGAGACACCGACAAAAACUCUUUUCAGACAUGAAAGGAGUGAUUCGAGUAUUGGAUCUAUGUCUAUGUCGUCUAUGUCUCCAGUGUCAACUAAACUGAGGAUAUUCCCAUCAGAUUCUACAAUGUCUAUGGAAAGUGGGUUCAUAUCAGAAUUGGAGGAUCCGUUUUUGGACUACGAGAUAUCUAAUUCCCCCAAAAUGGCCAACUUCAAUGAACUGCUAUCCGGACAAAUUAAAAAUAGUUUUGCGGAUAGCAAAUUAGUACUAUCCAGAAAUACAGACAGGAUAGACGAUAUUGAAAAACAGUUUGAAUUCCCUAAAACAAUGAAUUCGGAUGAAGUUGACCAUAGUCGAGUUAUUGAUGCCGAAGAAAUGACUGAUGUACCAAGUUUACCAGACAAUGAAAUAUCUGGUUUAAUUAAUGAUAGUAUAACUGAAAAACAGCUAUUAUCUGGUAAUAUUAAUGAUAGUUUUGUAGAAAAACCGUUCAAUUUAAGGAGACCAUUGCAAAGGAGUUUAAGUUUCAAUCCUCAAGUGUCCAAAGCGAGGGUUUCUCUGUUCUCCAUCAAAGAGAGUCCGAAUCAGGAGAAAAAGAACAACAAGAGAGUUGAAAGGAGUGAAACAGAGAGCAUGUCAAGUAAACGGAGAAGAUCCAACUGUCAGAGUCCAGAAGUGGAGAAGCCGGUGCGGCCCGUGCUGCAGAGAGCCUUCUCAGAGAACCACGCCUCUAUCAUGUCUGCGAUGAGCCGAUUCGAAGCCGAGCCGAGUCUGAUAGGAGACUUCACUCUCCCCUUCGCCCUGCCGCUGACCUCCGGAGACCACACCGACCUCAAGUCCAUCUCCUGUGACACCCUGGCCGGCCUGCUCCGGGGAGACUACUCGGAGAGCAUCAGCGAGUUUCAGGUGAUAGACUGCCGCUACCCCUACGAGUUCGAAGGGGGUCACAUCGCCGGCGCCGUCAACCUGUACACCCCCGAGCUGGUGCAGGCGCUGGUGGAGACGCCGCGCACCCUGGCUGCUGGAAGACGCAUCCUGGUGUUCCACUGCGAGUUCUCGCGCGAGAGGGGGCCCAAGCUAUCCCGCUACCUCCGUUCCACAGACCGUGAAAAAAACAGAGAGAACUACCCCUCGCUCCACUACCCCGAGGUAUACCUGCUGCACUCGGGAUACCGCGCCUUCUACCAGCGCUACCCCGAGCUGUGCUCCCCUGCAGGGUACACCGCCAUGCUGGACCCUACCCACCGGGUGGCGAUGAAGAAGCACCGGUCUUUCAGCCAGCCGUCUGCGUCGGUCAGCCAUCGGAGGAAUAGGUUCCUGCUGUGAAGCCUUUAUGUGCAAUUUGACGUAGUAUGUAUCGUGCUCUACUCGAAAAUGUCAUGGUCUACUCGAAAAUGUCAUGGUCUACUCAAAAAUGUCAUGGUCUACUCGAAAAUGUCAUGGUAUACUCGAAAAUGUCAUGGUCUACUCGAAAAUGUCAUGGUAUACUCGAAAAUGUCAUGGUCUACUCGAAAAUAUUUUUGUCUACUUUAAAAUGUCAUGGUCUACUUGAAAAUACAGUGGUCUAUUAGAAAAUAUCAUGGUCUACUCGAAAAUAUCAUGGUCUACUCGAAAAUAUCAUGGUCUACUCGAAAAUAUCAUGGUCUACUCGAAAAUAUCAUGGUCUACUCGAAAAUAUCAUGGUCUACUCGAAAAUAUCAUGGUCUACUCGAAAAUAUCAUGGUCUACUCGAAAAUAUCAUGGUCUACUCGAAAAUAUCAUGGUCUACUCGAAAAUAUCAUGGUCUACUCGAAAAUAUUAUGGUCUACUUUAAAAUAUCAUGGUCUACUCGAAAAUGUCAUGGUGUACUUAAUAAUAUCGUGUAGUCUCCUUCUAAAUAUCGUGGCAUACUCGUUAUUAUCGUGGCAUGCUCUGCAAUAUCGUGGUUUACUUAGAAAUGUAUUCUGUGGUCUACUUGUAAAUAUCGUAGUAUACUAAUAAUUGCUGGGAUUUGAUUAAAAAUCCUGCAGUUUACUCGAAAAUACCGCGAUCUACUUAAAAUCGUGGUCUAUAAAGAAAUGUAUCUUUAUUUGAAAAUGGUGAGGUCUAUUCAAAAAUAUCGUCGUUACCGAAAGAUAUCAUGGUCUUUUGGGAAAUAUCGUGGUCUAUAGGGAGAUAUCGUGGUCUAUUAGGAAAUAUCAUAAUAUAUUGGGAAAUAUAGUGAUAUAUUGGGAAAUAUCGUGGUCUAUAGGGAGAUAUCGUGGUCUAUUAGGAAAUAUCAUAAUAUAUUGGGAAAUAUCGUGAUAUAUUGGGAAAUAUGGUGAUAUAUUGGGAAAUAUCGUGGUCUAUUGGAAAAUCUCUCGGUCUAUUGGGAAAUAUCGUGGUCUAUUCCAUUGAAUAGACCACGAUACGUUCUCCUAGAAAUAUUCAGGUCUUCGUAAAUAUUAUGGUCUACACUGCAAUAUCGUAUUCUGAGUGUUUUCUACUUACUAAAACAUUUCAUCUCACUAGCUCUAAAAGGGUUGCUUUUUUUUAGUUUUAAUGUAAUUUUGGGGUUGUAGUUAAUCGAGUAGACCAUUUUAAAAAAAUAUAACGAUAAAUAUAGAAAUUUUGAAUGCAUUUAAUUAUUAUUAAUAACUUUUCUAUUAAGCGGUAGUAUAAACAACGAAAUAUUAAAGACUUAUAAUAUUGAACAAAAAAAAAUAUUUUAGUUAUAUAAAAAUGUGAAUAUAGUAAAAAAAAUAUGCCAUAUUAACUAUAUUAUUAUUAAAAUUAAGUACAAAAUAGUUAUUAGACAAAACAACCUCCCACCUCUAUAGUUUUUAAAUUAUUUAGUUUAUAGUUAAAAAUUAGGCUACAAAUAAAAAUAUAUAUUUUAACAACUCAAACCAGAAUUCUGAAAGAGAAAAAAAAAAUAAAACAUUAAAAAAAUGUAUAUGUCACCGGAAAGUAACAAGAUCCGUAAGUUUAUCAAUUUACUAGGAAGUUUAUAAACUUUCGUAGGAUUCUAAACGGGAGAUAAAUUGUAUUAUUUUACGUCCACAUUUUCGUAAAUUGAUAAAGUUACUGAACUCACUCGUAAAAUAAUACAAUUUAUCUCGAAUUUAGAAUCCUACGAAAGUUUAUAAACUUCCUAGUAAAUUGAUAAACUUACGGAUCUUGUUAUUUUCCGGUGACAUAUAUUUUGUAUUCCGACGAAUUUAGUUUGGUUUGGUUGUAAUUCAUACUGUGACUAUCGCGUUGACGUAAACGCGAAUUUAUAUGGAAUUGAAACAGUUGUGCCACUAGAUGGCGUUGUAAAUUCCUUAGAAAUUCGCGUUUACGUUAACGCGAUAGUCACAGUAUCAAACUGCCACUAGGCCCUCUGAACUGGUGGCAACUUCGGCAGUGACUAGUUAUCAACCUACCGGCAAAGACGUAUCGCUACGCGAUUUAGCGUUCCGGUACGUUGCCGCGUACAAACCGUCAGAGGUGGAGUAAACUUCUUCAAUUAACAUCAAGUUUUAAUUUCCAGUUUACUGCUACAGCCAAAUCCAAAUUACAUUCAAAAAUGUAUUAUAAUUUCUGAAAUUUAAACAUCUGGGAACCGAAUUGCUAAAAUUCAAUGAUUUUAUACUAUAGAUAUGCCAGCGCUAACUAUCGAAACUGAGGUGAAUAAAGUCAGCCAAUUAGCGUGAUUGCUUUUACAGCUCGUGCGCUGUAGCAUGGUGCGGGUGACAGUUCGUUUCAUUGUUGAAAGUUUGCCGCGAUUCACGAUAAUAGUACGUAUUAUGAUCGUCAUAUAGGCGACUGUCACCUGCACCAUGCUACAGCGCAUAUGGUAUAGUCACAUAGUAGACAACGAAAGUUACUGAAGCAUAAUAAAUACCUAAAUAUUGUCUAAAAUGUCGAGUUGUGUCUUCAGGAAUUGUAAAAACUAUACACAUAAAUGUAUAAUAUAAGUAAACAUAAAAUUAUGCAUGUCUGUGCGCAUAACGUAUCUAAAAGUAUCAAAUCAUUGGCUAAAUUAGAGAAUUUGUCAAUAUCACACACAAUAUCUAUAAUAUAAAAAUAGUUUUUAAAAAACCUAGGUCUAUACUGAGCUUUAAAAAGAAUUAAACAGUGUGCCGUUUGAAAAACUAAAAAUUAAUUUAGAUUUAUUGAUAAUAUUAAUAUAAUGUGUAAAUAUAUUAGAUAUUACUACAUUUUCUACUUUCGGAGGACAGUUUUAGGUUUUGGUUGUAAAGUUGCACAGGUGUUUGCGUGUGAGGAACUAAAAAAAACGUCAGCAAAACAUAAAAUUAUUAAAUUAUUAUUAACAUAAUAUUAUUUACGUAAUGUAAUUAACAAUUAAAAAAAUAUAUUAUUUUUAAGUUAAACAAUGGCUUGUGGUUUAGUUGUAAACGCAAUCCAUUUGUAUCAUGAUCAUAUUUUGAAAAUGCGUUUCUUUUUUGCUGACGCUCCUUUCACACGCAAACAUGCAUGUCCUAUCAUACUUCUACAUCAAAACAUUAUCGGAAAAAAUGGACUAAGUAGGCUUUACAUGUGACAACGUCAUCUCGUGAAACUAAAAUGGAAUCUAAAAUAUUGCUCUCUCUAUCUUCCAAUAUUGUAAAGAAAGAGAUAGCAAUAUUUUCGAUUCUCAUUACGGGAUAUUUCGUUGCGUUCAUCCUAGGCCUACUGCCAGACAAAUGAGCCCAAACUCGAUGGGUUUAUGUUGUUUUGCUUAGGAGUUCCUAUGGCUAUCUUCCCAUUCCAUCAUCUGAUAUGGUACCAUAAUUUGGGUCCAUACAAAUAUCAUGAUGCUGUACUAAGCUUCCAAUUUGAAUUAUGAGACAAAUGUCUUAGCACUAGCUGACGCCGCGCGGUUUCACCCACGCGGUUUCGGUUCCCGUUGGAAUACGAGGACAAACAAACAAACUCUUCAGCUAUAUAUUUAAUUAGUAUAGAUUCCAUGGAUUCUCCAUACAGGUGCAAGGUCCAUAGUUUGACAAAGAGAAUUCCAAGUAUAUUCAAGACUUGUGAUCCGGAUGGAGGGUUAAGGAAUUCCUUUAUGACAUGUCAAUAUUCCACCCUCGUGUGUCAGUCAUUUGAUAGGAUCCUACUAGAGUAGCUUGUAAUACAUGUUCUAAUAUAGAACUUGCUGCAAUUCUAUUGCCAGACAAAUGAGUACAAACUCGAUGGGUUUAUGUUGUUUUGCAUAGGAGUUCCUAUGGCUACCUUCCCAUUCCAUCACCAGCUAUGCACCAUAAUUUGGGUCCGUACACACAUGAAGUGGUACUAAUUUAGCUUCCAAUUUGAACUAUGAGGUGUAUAUCUUAGCAUUCUAUGGAUUCACCGUACCUCCAUUGGCAAAGAGAAUUCCUAGCAUAGCCCAGCAUGACCCGGAUGGAGGGUUAAGGAAUUCCUCUAUGAUAUGUCAACACUCCUCUGUUCGUAUUGUCUUUGCCCAGCCAUUUAAUAGGAUCCUACUAGAGUAGUUUUGGAUACUUGGUUAUUUGAUAGGAUCCUACUAGAGUAGCUUUAGAUACUCGGUAAUUUGAUGGGAUCCUACUAGAGUAGCUUUGGAUACUCGGUCAUUUGUUGGGAUCCUACUAAAGUAGCUUUGGAUACUUGGUCAUUUGAUGGGAUCCUACUAGAGUAGCUUUGGAUACUUGGUCAUUUGAUGGGAUCCUACUAGAGUAGCUUUGGAUACUUGGUCAUUUGAUGGGAUCCUAUUAGAGUAGCUUUGGAUACUUGGUCAUUUGAUGGGAUCCUACUAGAGUAGCUUUGGAUACUUGUCUAAUAUAUAACUUGCUGUUCUAAUGAUUCCAACGUCAUGAAACAGUAAUAUUUGGAAAAACACAGAAAUGGACAAAAUUUCGGCAAUAUAAUACGCUUUCUAAUAAUUAUAAUAGUAUAAGAAAUUAUGUUAAGUUCGCAUUAUGUUUAAGGGAGAAAUGAUUUAUUGAUAUUAUAGUUUUAUUAUUUUAUUUAAAUACAUAAUUUGAAAGUGAAUUAUGUGGGUAGUAUAAGUUCACAUAUAAAUAUUUUUAUUUUUUUUUCACUGUGAUGUUUAUUGUCUGAGCACUUUCAAAUUGUAAUUCAUUUUAGAUUUUUCGUAUCAGUGACGUCACUUAUGCAAAAGCCAAACUGGAUGUGGAAUGUUUAUCAACAAACAAAUCACAGAAUAAGAAUGAUCCAGAAUGAGUCUUUAUAAGCAGUGCGGUGAAGCCGGUGAAACCCAUAAAAUAAAACAAAAGUUACGUGUCUCCUUGACAUCCGCAUUACAAACUUUUUCCAUAAUAAUAUUUUUCCAUAUAAUAAUCAAUAAUUACCAAUAAAAAAAUACUCCAUCUUAUUUUUUUAGUUUUUGUGAACAGUUUUUAAAAUAUUUAAAAACAUAAGACGCCAUUUUUCUUGAAUAAUAUUGAAAGUUACUGAUGCGACGCUUCGUGUCGUAAUGACUCGAGAAUGUAUUCGUUUUUGAAUUUUGUAUUUGAAACGGCUACGACACCGUCGUGUUCCAUGCGACUCUAUCUGCCUAUUAUUCUUUAAUCUGUGAAACAAAUUAAAGACCAGUGUAUAAAUCGCUUGUCAUUUGACACUUAAUAAUAAUUUUAAUGAACUUCAUACGUGAAUGUCAAUAAUUUGAUUAAUGAGAUUUGAACAAUUAGACAUAGGUUAUAUAUUUUUAAUAAAAUUAUAUGAAAAAACAAUAUACAAAUUUAAAUAAUAUAGGUGGGAAAUGACGUACGUUUUUCUUAAUUUUUUUUUUUAAUUUGUAUAAACAUUCCAUGUUGAGUUUGGCUUUAGUGGCGAUGCAUUUUGGAAGUCUAUGGCACCUUUAUUUUUUUAAAUAGAUAAAAUCUGGUCCAUCUAUUACUUAGUCUGCUAUGCCCGCACUUUGACAUUUUUUAAUUGGGUUUUAAUUAUGUGACGUCAUUUAUUACUUGGUUUGUCGUAUGUGACCUUCAUUUUUGUGAUAUUACAAUGAUUUGCCUAUUGUGUUAGUAAAUAAAUAUUGACAGUAAUAUUGACUAUAAUAUUUACCAUAAUAAUGACAAUAUUUUUGUAUUUGUGCGGGUAAUUUGCAGUUUUGCGUUAAAAAUGUGACGUCAUAACUAAUCCGUGCUCAGACGUCAAACGAGUUAUUGAUUUUUUUUUAUUAUUUUGAGAUUUUCCGGGAAAUCCCCGCGAAAUUUACGCUUACUAGAAUUAUGUUUUAUUCCUCUGUAAAUAAUUUUCUUUUUUUUUUGUAAUUACUAAUAUUAAACUUAGUUACAGCAUGUUUCGAAAUUUUAUUGACAAAGAGAAUAAAGUCACAUUUUUUUUUAAUGUUUUUUUUAUGUUUCCAUACAGUGUGCCUAGUGGGAGUUUUCAAUAUUUUCAUACUGUUACUAUCGCGUUGACGUAAACGCGAAUUUAUAUGGAACUGAAACAGUUGUGCAGUAGUGCCACUAGAUGGCGCUGUUUCAAUUAUAUAGAAAUUUGCGUUUACGUUAACGCGAUAGUAACAGUAUCAAACUAGGCCCUCAGUUUGGAGAUCAUUCAUAGACACAACACAAGCAUAUGUGAACAUUUGCUGUUAUUCUAUACUUUGACAAGAUUUUGAUGUCUUAAGGUCGUUUUUAUCCGACUUUCCGACAAUUCGUCGGUUUUUUUUAAAUAGAGGAUCCGAAUAUAAGACGACUUUUACCAUCCUGCAUUUUAAUUCACUAACUUUGACGUAUGCUUGUUGACAUAUUUGAGAUUGUAUGUAACAAAUGUCAUCCGGUGCUUACUGGAUAUCUUAAAUUUCAGUCCAGGGUAUGAUUACGAGGAUGUUCGGAAUUCAGGACUGAUUUUUUUCACCAUUUUCGUAAUGACAUUUUAACUUAACUCAUUUGCAAUAUAUUUAUUUAUAAGAGUAUAUGUUUUUUUUAGUAUAUGUAUUUAAUUUAAUAUAAAAAGAAGCAUCCAGUAAAUAAAAUAAAAGUCGUCUUAUAUAUGGGACAUUUGAAGUAUUUGAAACGAUAGCUAUUGUAAAUAUAUAACAUGGCUAGAGAAUUAUAAAUUCGUUGGUAAAUGAAAAAAAAUAACGACCUUAAGGAUAUAGUGAAAUUAAAAUGCUGUAAAGAUAUCGAAUAAUUCUUUCCGGACAUUAUGGAAAUAUUUUUAUAGUUAAGAUACAAAUUAAAAACGAACUUCACCUAUCUGUUUACUGAAUGAAAAGUGUUUUAUUAACCUAUAUUAAAUAUCAUUAAUAAUAUUUUGUCCAGGAGAUUUUAGGCAAUCAAUUCGCAAUAUAUUUUUAACGUACUUUUGUUAUUAAACAGUUUUCAUCCAGUAAACAGAUGGGUGAAGGUCAUUUUUAAUUUGUAUAUUCUGCUAUUAUUAAUAGAAAAUUUGUCUCAAAUUUAUAUUGUAAUUUAAUAUUAUUGUUUCUUUAACUUUUGGACCGCCAUAAAAUAUACUCUAAUAUAUUAUUAACUAUGUACCUAUAUUUAACAAUACUUUCGUUAUAAAAUAUAGAAUAUAAUUGUGGAUUCUAGAUUAAUAAAUAAAUUAUAAUAAAAAUAACAAA